AUGUUGUCGCGGCGGCUUCGCGCGCACGGUUCGAGCGCCUUGUUGAGACUUGUGGCCUCAGACCGAACGCAGGUGACUCCCCAGGCUCGGCCCAUGCCGAGCAUCCUGGGGACGAUCUUCCCCAUCGUUUCAAGCCAAGGCUUCCAAAACACACUCCACCGCGUGGCCGAGUGGCUGCCGGGCCGGAGAAGAGUGAGAUUCUUUCACGCGCUCGGAGACCCGCACUCGCACCUGGCCCUGCAAGCGCUGCCGAGCUUGCUCGAUCGCUUUGACGUUGACCUGGAGCUGGUUCUCAUCGGCGAGGAUGCCUUCAGCGGCUUUGGAGGGAACACGAGGGACGUGCAAGAUUGGACGUUCAACGACUGCAAGCUGCUCCAGGAGCUGUACCAAGACCUCGGGCUCACGCUGGGGACUGUGCCAGGGCCCGAGGCGGCCUUGGCAGCGGCGGCCGCGCUCGCCGCCGCAUGCCCGAAUGGUGGCGCAGGGGCCGUGCCUUUGGAUGCAGAGCUCUUAGACUUGGCGAUUUCUCUUGGACGGAAGUUGUGGUCCUCACAGUCCUCCCCGGAGUCUGAGGCCCCCUCGGAGAGUGACUUGAGCCAAGUGAAGAAGGUGCUGCAGGAGAACUACGAGCAGCUGGCGCAGAAACACCUGGCAGGAGGCGUCAUGAAUUAUCGGGGUGAGACCUACUGGGGUAUAGACCGCCUGGCGCAUCUGGAGCGCCGCCUCAUCGGUGCUGGUGCGUCCAGGGACGCUGGCUCCCAAAGCUCCGCGGCGAUCUUCGAUCGCACCGAGCAUCUGCGCUUCGAGCCUGGUGCGAAGCUGGGAGCGGAGGCACCGGAGGUGGAGCUCUUCUACUCCUUUCGCUCCCCUUACUCGCAGCUCAUUCUCAGGGACCUCUUCAGGCUCUGCAAGCACUAUGGCGUGGCCGUGCGCAUCCGGCCCGUGGUUCCCAUGGCCAUGCGCGGCUUCGACGUGUCCAAGAAGAAGGUCUACAUCAUCAGAGACUUCUGGCGGGAGAUGCAUCGCCUCAACCUGAACUUCGCGGCCAUGAACGAUCCGCUCGGAGAGCCCACGCUGCGCGCCAUGCGUGUCUGGCCUCUGGCAGAGAAGCACGGCCGAGGCCAGGAGUUUCUAACAGCCUGGGCUGACUGUGUCUAUGGGCAGUUCGUGGCUGCUGGCACUGACGAUGGCCUCCGUCGCAUCGUCGAGGCGGCGGGGCUCUCGUGGGCGGAGGCUGAGGUUUUGGCCAAUGGCACCGGCCUACCAGACUUCGAAGAGCAAAACCGGCGAAUCUUGUACGAGGAGCUGAAGCACUGGGGUGUGCCAUGUCUUCGCUUCGGCGACGUGGUCCUCUGGGGUCAGGAUCGCCUCUGGGCCCUCGAAGCAGCCUUUCUGAGACGCCUCGCUUCGCCCGCGGAGUCUGCGAAGUAG